UCAUUCAUUAAGAAAACCGCCGUCAAAACCGCUUCCGGACAUCAAUCCUCCUUUCUCGACGUUUUCGUGAAUCCCAGUUCUCGGCUGCUUAAUAGUAUUACCCGCAUAGACUUCUCAACCUUUCUCUUGCAUCUUUCCAAAAUCAAAUUAAAACCUAGCUCUAAAUUCAUGCGAAGUUGAAAAACCCUAAUCCAAAUUCCCGAUAAUUCUCUUCUAAUUUACAGAAAUUCUUGCUGCAAAACAUCCGCGAUGUCAUUCGAUUUGAUGCUGAAGCCAACAUGCGGUCGGUGUGGAUCAAACAACGAUCUCUAUGGAAGCAAUUGCAAGCAUCUGACGCUUUGCUUAAGCUGCGGUAAAAACAUGGCGGAAAAUCGUGCGAAAUGCUUCGAAUGCGGCACUCCUGUCACUCGGUUGAUUCGUGAGUAUAAUGUGAGGACAAGUUCGAGCAUUGAUAAGAAUUACUUCAUUGGGAGGUUUCCGACUGGAUUGCCGAAUUUCUCCAAGAAGAAGAGUGCGGAGAAUAAGUGGACUUUGCAGAAGGAGGGACUUCAAGGUCGUCAGAUUACCGACACUUUGAAGGAGAAGUUCAAGAAUAAGCCUUGGAUGCUGGAAGAUGAAACUGGUCAAUCACAGUACCAGGGUCUUUUGGAAGGUUCACAAUCAGCUACAUAUUAUCUCCUAAUGAUGCAGGCAAAAGAGUUUAUUGCAAUACCAGCUGGCUCUUGGUUCAAUUUCAAUAAGGUUGCGCAAUAUAAGCAACUUACAUUAGAAGAGGCAGAGGAGAAGAUGAAAAAUAGGAGAAAGUUUGUUGAUGGCUAUGAAAGAUGGAUGAUGAAAACAGCAAGCAACGGGGCAGCUGCGUUCCCCACCUUUGAUGCAAAUCUCGUGAAAGAUAUUCCUACUGGUGGUGGAGGGAAAGGUCGCAAGAAAGCAACUGCUGAAAAUGAGGGUAAUGCUUCAGACAAGGGAGAGGAUGAAGGAGAAGAGGAUGGAGAUAGAAAGCCAAAAAUUGGAUCUAACAAAGGAGCUGGUGAUGACGACGACGAUGAAGGCCCAGCUGGAGGUGAUUUUGACGAUGACGAUGAUAUUGAGAAAGGUGAUGACUGGGAGCAUGAGGAAAUUUUCACUGACGAUGAUGAAGCUGUUGGUAAUGAUCCUGAGGAGCGGGAAGACCUACUGGCUCCUGAACUUCCUGCGCCUCCAGAGAUUAAGCAGGAUGAAGAUGAUGAGGAUGCUAAUGAGGAAGAGGGAGGACUGAGCAAAUCAGGAAAAGAACUGAAAAAAUUGCUUGGACGGUCCAAUGGGCUUGAUUCUGACGGAGAUGAAAAGAAAGAUGAAGAGGAUGAUGACGAUGAAGAUGAGGAAGAUCGUCCUUCUCCUGUUUUAGCUCCAAAGUUGAAAGACCCCAAAGACGAGCCAGCUGAUAGCAGCCCUGCAAAACAAGCUCCUGGAGGAUCUUCUCGGGCAACUCCUGCCUCGAAAUCGGCAAAAGGAAAGAGGAAAAAUGGCGAUGAUACAAAAUCUGCUAGUGCAGCUCCUCAUAAGAAGGUUAAGACUGAAAAUGAUGUGAAAUCAACCACAAAAGAAAAUGCAUCAAAAAAUGGUGGGGUCCCAAAAGUUACACCGCCAUCAUCCACAAAGGGUGGUGCAUCUGCUUCAGGAACAGCUGCUCAGGGCCCUGUCUCAGAAGAGGAAAUUAGAGCUGUAUUGUUGCAAAAAGCUCCUGUAACCACUUCUGAUCUUGUGGGCACAUUUAAAGCAAGACUAAAGACACAAGAGGACAAGAAGGCUUUCGCUGAAAUCUUGAAGAGAAUUUCUAAGAUACAGAAGAGCGAUAACAAGAGUUAUGUUGUGCUAAGGGAAAGGGGCAAAUAAAUCUGAUUUUUAUACACUUUAAUUCAGGCAGUAAACAAGAAACUUUCUCUUGCAUACGAGGUUUCAUUUGUUGGUGACUACCACCUGUUUGAGAUUUGUGAACUUGUUUCAAGGCAAUGGAACAUCAGGAUAAAUUGUAAAGCUGUAGAAUUCAUAUGCUGAUUAAACUGUCAUGUAUAUGAUGUCUGAUUAAUAUAUCUGUGGGAUACUAUAUACGAAGUGUAACUUGCAGUAAGGUGUUUUUUUUUUUUAAUUAAUUGAAUAUAGAAAUUGAAAGAGCUCGGUUUAUAGA